AUGCGCUUCACCAUCCCCCUCGCUCUCCUCACCCUCCUCGCCCCGAGUAUCUGUGCCCCCAUGCCCACAAACAACGACCUCGGCCGCUCAGUCACGAUCACCAGCGAGGACCCAGACCAGGACGACACGGUUAUAUACCCCGACUACCGACGCGCAGUGACAGUGACGAGUGCGAAUCCGGACGAGGACGACACGGUUAUCUACCCCGACUACCGGCGCUCGGUGACCGUCCACAGCGAGGGCGACGAGGACGACACGGUUAUCUAUCCGGACUACUGA